AGGCCAUGCAUUAUUACACCCAGUCUGGGAAGGAACAAAUUACUACAGAAGUUGAAUAUAAUUAUUUCCAGAAAGUGGGAGUGAGAGAGACUUGAGAUACUGAAAUAACUUCUGGCACUGAACAGAAGAUCUUUCUGCUUUAUUGUUGCUCAACUUCUCAUAUUGGAUUUUGUUGCAAAACAAACUCCAUGAGUGGUGUGGAAAGCUGGACAGCUCAGCAAACAUUCACAAAUAGGGUGAAGAAGAUGGAGACUGUGCUAUGAAUGCCCACAGGAAGACAGGAAAACAAAAGUAGGUCCUGGAGUUCCAAUAUUUUAUUCACAGUUCUAAUAUUCACCAGCAGUUGAAUCUCCUACUUCAAAGGGUAAGCAAUUAAAACAAAGAUUCACAUUCAGUUUUUUGUCCAGCUGUCUGCCUCAUAAUUACUAAUACCAACAAACUAAGGGACACAAUUUAAAAUGCUGUUUGAUACAUUAAGAAAAAAAAAAAAAGGCAUUGGUCCACUUAAAAUAAGAUCUUAAACUCUGUAAGUACCUUAUUUUUUUCAUUGUUGGUAUUGAUAAUUUGACUUGAAAGACAUAUAGACGUGCCUCAGAAAUAACACAGAGAAAGGAAAAGACUUCUCAGCUUCAAUUAUGCUCACUGUUGUUAAACAUGUAUGCCUGUGUGUGUGUAUAGUUGACAAUGGACAAAUCAGAAAAGUGUUAAUGCAUGUGUAUGUCUGUCUGCCCUGUGAAGGAAGAGAAUUUACCAUAUUGUUCUUUAAAAUGUUUUAGUUUCUCCUCUUCCAGUUGUUAAUAUUGCAACAAAAGAACAUUUUGCUGGUUAAUUUUAACAUUUAGCAUUUUUAUGAAAUUAACUAAAAAGGUGGUUAUUAAGCAAAAGGGUGUUCUACAGAAGAAGGUUCUUUUUUCUUAAAGUAUCAUCAAGACACAGAGAUCUGUUUCCUAAGUGAAAUCUUACUAUUCUUUCUUCUGUUUCUCCUCCUUGCCUACGUGUGGCACUGCACCGAAGUGUCCUAUGUCAGUCCAUGGGAGACCUCAGCCAGAGCACUGUCCCUACAGGGAGCACCAGACGGACCAAGCCGUGUCUCAGCAGCAGCGGGCGGCCCCCCCCAGCCGCGCACCGCCUGACCGAACCGCCCCCGCAGAGAGGGGGGCGCGCAGCUCCCGGCCCGCACCGCCGCACGGCUCGGCGCGCCCCUCCUCCGCCCGCCGCCCUCGCACGGCCGUGACCCGCAGGCCGCCCCGGCAGGUUAAUCCCCUCCGGCCCCUCCCACGGCGUCCCCCGGGCCUACGAAAGGCCCUCCCCCCGCUCACCGUGAAGGGGAUGUCCUCGACGCUGCCCACCGAGUAG